AUGGAGAACUUCCGGCCUACAAAGCGUUCAAAGUUGGAACUAGCUGCACCUGUAUCCCAUAAAAACGAACAAUUCUGGAUCCUUGACGGGAAUACGGUCCUUGAGGUUGGAGGCGUGCUCUUCAAACUCCACCGUUCUAGGCUUGUUGAUCAGUCAAUCUUUUUUUCUCACCUCUUGGACGAGCGCAAUGUGCAGAUGGACGGUGUCGUAGUAAAAAGUGAUGAAAACGGGAUAGUGUACCACCUGUCGAAUACUACGCCGAAAGACUUAGAGGCACUGCUACAGCUCGAUAAAAACCCAAUGGCAUAUUAUCUCGUCCCCCCUCCGUUCCCGGUCUUGGCUGCUAUCAUUCGUGCAGCAACUGCAUUACGUUUCGAUACGUAUCGAGCUUUCGCCGUGAAACAUUUAGAGAAUGCAUGGUCUUCUUCUGUCACAGAUCUGACCACAGAAAGAAAAUCUAAUGCAGUGGAAGUUGUAGUUCUCGCGCGGACCUGUGGCAUCAAUAGCGUGUUGAAGAGAGCCUUCUAUGAAAUGGUUCGGGUGGCGGGUUAUGGUCUUGGUGACGGUGAAUUUGAUGCAGACAAUGGAGAACGGCCCCAGGAAAUCAGCCGCGCAGAUGAAAGGCGUCUGGAACGCAUGAGGGAGCAUCUUAUCUCGGCCUGGUUGCAGGUUGCGGUGCGCGUGGACCGCACUUUCAUAUGCCCGAACCAACCAAAGGAGCCUACUGCGGGUACUGAAUCGAGGUCAUCGACUUUACCCAAAUGCCCGUCUCUGUAUUCGAAGCGAGAUGCUUGGGAGAGGCGUGUUCACGAUUCUGGGCUCUAUGCCGAGUACAAGUUUGACCCUUUCUGUGGACUUCAAGCCCUGAUCGAUAUCAAAUGGGACGAGGACGAGGGCUGGUGCUCAGACUGUGUGCACGCAAAACGAGAAGUUUGGAGAACAAUGCGUCAGAGAACUUGGGAGCGUAUCGAAGUAUGGAUGGGUCUUGACAAAUAACCGACGUCUGACAUUC